AUGACUCUUUCUUCUCUAUUGCUAUUGUCUUUUCUUUUUCUUUUAUUUUCUUUUUCCAUCCUGCUCUCUGCCAAUAAAUUGCCUGCCCUAAUAAGCCCUACUUUUGCUGUUACUUGUACCUCUGCUGUUGUAGCUGGCCUUUUAUGGUCUUUUAAGGAGGAGAUAUCAUCCUCUGUGUAUAUUCUUUCCUCAUCUCCUCUUGUACUUGAUUCCCUUCUUAAUGAUCUUUGUCGCUUGUUUUUUUUUUUUUUUCAAACAAAUCAACACUUUAUUUCAUUUCUCAAAAAAUUAUUUACAAUGUAA